GCUGCGUUCCCCCGGAGAAAGCCGGUAUUAACGCUCUCGCUCCUGGGCUUCGGUUCGCGCCGGUGGCCGAGUUGUCUGUCCCGAGUGCGGCCGGGUAUUUGUCGUUAGUGGCCGACGUGACGCUGCUGGCGGUGGCGGGAUCGGCACGGGGUUCUAUAAUGAUGCACACUGAAGAGUAUGUGCAUGUGUGUCUUCAAUCAAACUGAUACUGGAAAUGAUAAACCUUUUGGAAUGAUUCAUCUUCACAUCUGGUAGAAAAAAAUGAGUGGUUCCAAACCUGAUAUCCUAUGGGCUCCACAUCAUGUGGACAGAUUUGUUGUUUGUGACUCUGAACUUUGUCUUUAUCGUACUGAAUCAGUUGGAAAUUUUGAAGCUAAAGCUGGUUCAUUGAGGCUUUCAGAGGACACCACAGCCACGUUAUUGGCAAUUAACUCUGACACACCUUAUAUGAAAUGUGUGGCUUGGUAUCCUAAAUAUGAUCCUGAAUGUUUACUUGCUGUUGGUCAAGCCAAUGGACGGGUUGUCCUUACCAGCCUUGGUCAAGAUCGUAAUUCUAAAUUCAGAGAUUUGAUGGGGAAAGAAUUUGUUCCUAAACAUGCUCGGCAGUGUAAUACAUUGGCUUGGAAUCCUGUGGACAGCAAUUGGCUUGCUGCUGGACUGGAUAAACACAGGGCAGAUUUCUCUGUACUCAUUUGGGAUAUCAGCAGCAAAUACACACCAGAAAUUGCAGUUCCAGCAGAGAAAGUCCGGCUUUCUGCUGGUGAUACGGAUGCAGGACUUGUGGUGACAAAACCAUUGUAUGAACUAGGGCAGAAUGAUGCAAGCCUCUCCCUUUGCUGGCUCCCAAGAGACCAAAAACUGCUUCUAGCAGGAAUGCAUCGCAACCUUGCAAUUUUUGACUUGAGAAACACCAGCCAAAAGAUGUUUGUCAAUACAAAAGCUGUUCAGGGUGUAACAGUUGACCCUCAUUUCCAUGAUCGUGUGGCAUCUUUCUUUGAAGGACAGGUGGCAAUUUGGGACCUGAGGAAGUUUGAAAAGCCAGUGCUGACAUUGACUGAGCAACCCAAACCACUAACAAAGGUAGCUUGGUGUCCAACAAGAACUGGAUUGCUGGCUACGUUGACUAGAGAUAGCAAUAUAAUUCGCCUCUAUGAUAUGCAACACACACCAGCACCCAUUGGAGAUGAACCUGAACCUACCAUAAUAGAAAGGAGUGUUCAGCCAUGUGAAAACUAUAUUGCCUCAUUUGCUUGGCAUCCAACAAAUCAGAACCGUAUGGUUGUGGUGACAUCAAACAGACUGAUGUCAGAUUUUACGGUCUUUGAGCGGAUAUCGUUGGCUUGGAGUCCCACUACUACUUUGAUGUGGGCAUGUGGCAGGCACUUGUACAACUGCAGCGAAGAGGGAGAAACUCUUUCUGGAGAGAAAGAUGUUGCCACAAAAAUGAGACAGCGAGCACAGUCAAGAUAUGGGCUUGAUACUGAGCAAGUGUGGAGAAAUCAUUUGUUGGCUGGAGAUGAUGAUCCUCAGUUAAAAUCUUUAUGGUACACCCUACAUUUCAUGAAACAAUAUGCAGAAGAUGCAGAACAGAAGUCAUCUGUGAACAAAGUGCCUCUUGUUUACUCUGGCAUUAAAACAAUUUUGAAAUCAAGUGCUGAGAGGAAAACAGAGAGCUAUAAACAUAGUUGGACAGGAUCGGAUCGACAGACGGAUGUGAUCAGGUACCAGAGUGAGGAACGGUGUUUGGCUCUUCAGCUUUGUGGCUGGAUCCAGAAGGGUCCAGAUAUUGAUGUGGGUCCUUUUCUGAACUCAUUGGAACAAGGAGAAGAAUGGGAAAGAGCUGCUGCUGUUGCGCUUUUUAAUCUUGACAUCCGAAGAGCAAUAGAGAUUCUCAAUAAGGGAGCUGCUUUAGGGAAAGCAGAUUUGAACCUGAAUGUUGUAGCAAUGGCUCUGUCAGGUUACACAGAUGAAAAGGAUUCUCUGUGGCGAGAAAUGUGUAGCACUCUAAGACUGCAGCUAAAUAAUCCUUACCUGUGUGUCAUGUUUGCCUUUCUGACUAGUGAACCAGGAUCAUAUGAUGGAGUACUGUAUGAGAGCAGUGUAGCAGUACGUGACAGAGUGGCCUUCGCUAAUAUGUUUCUAAAUGACUCCCAGAUUCUUCGCUAUAUUGACAAGCUAACCAAUGAAAUGAAAGAAGCCGGCAACCUAGAGGGAAUUCUAUUAACAGGGUUGACGAAAGAUGGCAUUGACCUCAUGGAGAGUUAUGUAGAUAGAACUGGUGAUGUGCAGACGGCAAGUUUCUGUAUGCUGCAAGGUUCGCCCAGUGAUGUUGUGAAGGAUCCCAGGGUCCAAUAUUGGAUUGAGAAUUACAGGAACCUUCUUGAUGCCUGGAGAUUCUGGCAUAAGAGGGCUGAAUUUGACAUCCAUAGGAGUAAAUUGGACCCAUUUUCAAAACCACUUGCACAGGUGUUUGUGAGCUGUAACUUCUGUGGAAAAUCCAUAUCAUACAGCUGCUCUGCCAUGCCACAUCAGGGCAGAAGCUUCAGUCAGUAUGGCGUGAGUGGUUCUCCUACUAAAUCAAAGGUUACAAGCUGUCCAGGAUGUCGUAAACCUCUUCCUCGCUGUGCACUCUGUCUUAUCAAUAUGGGAACUCCAGUUUCAAGCUGUUUAGGAACUGGGAAGUCUGAUGAAAAGGUUGAUCUCAGCAAAGACAAAAAAUUGGCUCAGUUCAAUAACUGGUUUACUUGGUGUCAAAACUGUCGUCAUGGAGGCCACGCUGGUCAUAUGCUCAGUUGGUUUAGGGAUCAUCAUGAAUGCCCAGUCUCUGCAUGCAAUUGUAAAUGUAUGCAAUUGGAUACGACAGGAAAUUUAAUUCCAGCAGAAACGUCCUGAAGCAAAAGACAUCCAUCUAUGACUGCUUCCUUCCAAAUAUGUGUAUGCAGUCUGACUGAAGAGGCAUAUAGUUCAAGAUGGCAGCAAAACAAUAAAUGGUUCCAUCAAUUUGGCAAUUCUAGUAUCUGAAUGACUGUGUUCUGGGAUGGCUUUAUUAUUCCACGAGGGAGCAGACCUCUAGGGUGCACAAACUUGCCACUAGAAAUGGAACCACUGUGUGCAUAAGCUAGGUUGAAUACAAUGCUUUUGUAAUAAAAAUGCAUGGAUUUGUGUAAGUUAAAAUUAACCCAGUAGAAAAAUCAAAAUAACAUGGAAUUAACCAAAAGAUUAGUGGGAUUUUCGUAUGAUUUCCUUGCAUUGAUAACCCCAAAGUCAAUUACACAGAAUAUCUGCACUUAAAAUGCCUUAGACACCCCACAAUUGUUUAAAUGUCAUUAGAUAUUUUCCUUUUCUGGCAUAUUAUAAAGAAUGUAGCAUUCAAGUCAGUAUAUUCAUAAAAUUAAGUUGAGCACAUUGUUUAAUUUCCAUGUAAAUAUAAGUAGGUAAUAUAGUCUGCUACUGAAGCAAUAAUUUAGGCAACUGUGUUGUGAUGAUGUGAUUAAAUGAGUGAAAUUUAAUGUGGCCUUUGUUUUGCUUGUAAACUACAUUAUUGUGCAAAUGACAUUGUAUUAAUUUAAAAAGAAUUAUAGAAGAGGCAAGACAUUGCAUAAUUUUUUAAAUACUGCAUUUACAAUUUAUAGUAAUGCUUUUAAUGUGUUUGCAUCUAAAAGCCAAAGGAGUUCUAUUUUAAGUUGUUUUACUGAUUUGUAAAUAAAGGGUAAACUUAUCAAGUGUG